AUGAUGGAUAUUCUUCACCCGAGUGUCAUAGCUGCGCUCCUUUACUUUAUUCUUCCUGGAUCUUUGGAAACCAAUUCACAUCUGAGCCCUUCCAAUAGUUCUCAUCAUUCAGACUGCUGGUGGGAUGGGAACUUCAUAGUGAAUUGCUCAUUUACUGGAAUAUCUGCUAUUCCAGAGGACAUAACACCAACAGUGCUAACAGCGGAUUUAAGUUACAACAACAUUACGACACUGCUGCGCGCUACAGGCGGAAACCCAGAAUGGAUGCUGAAACACCUGAACCUCAGCAACAACCUCAUUUCUGAACUCUCCUUUGCGACCACUUUCAGAAAUCUGCCCUCUUUAGAAACUCUCAACCUCAACGGCAACGCGCUCAGCACCCUCACCCUGGGCCCGCCGGCGCACACAGCCCACGGGGACGGAGAAGCCUCUCGGCUCCUGCCCGCUUUGAAAGUACUGGCGGUUGAAAGAAACAGCCUCAACAGGAUUCCUCAGGGACUAGGACUGUUGCAGUCUUUACAAACUGUCCACUUGUCAUCCAAUGACAUACUACAAAUUGAUGUGAAUGAUUUUCAAAACUGUUCACAACUGAAGAAUAUCUACUUACAAGACAACAAGAUAACUAAAAUUCAUCCAGAAGCUUUCAAGGAUCUGAACGAUUUACAGGUUGUGGACCUUCGUGGAAAUGCCCUGACAACACUUCCACCACACAUACUAAACAAUUUGAACGUAUUUCAACUCGGAGUGGAUUCAUCAAAUAAUCCUUGCGUAUGCAACUACGAUCUAAAUACUUUCAAAUAUUUAAUUCAUUUUCUUUCAUUAAUUUCACACAAUAUAUCUGCCACCAACAUCUUACAGAAACCUCUUCUGCCUUUGCAGUUUAAAUUAAAACUUGAAAAUGACAGUGUUUCAUUUAAAACAACUGUAAUCCCAACAGGAAAGACAUCUGUGCUAAACUGCAACUUGGAUAACACGAGGGGUAAUGGGGUCUCUUGGUGGACACCUAUUGGCAGAAUUUCAAGAGAUACUAGUCUUCCCCACAUGACACUGGAUAAAAUGAGUAAUUUAGUAAUACACAGUGCUGACAGAACUGUUGCAGGAUUUUAUAUGUGCACUUUUAAUACAACAAGAAAUAAAUACCUCAUCUACAACAUACAGGUAAAAGAAAAGCUUUCAACUUCGUUGGUUAGAAAACCCCGGGCUACUAACACCAUGUUUAGACAAGGAACAACGAGGCAAGACCUUGUAUUGGCCAUCUGCCUCUCAGUGUUCAUCACAUUUGUUUUUGCGUUUUGCCUGGGUGUCUUUGCCAGGCCCUACCUUGGGAAGCUGUGGAGACUCAUGCGCAGAAACAAAAAUUCACCUUCAGAACACAUUUAUUCUAAUGAAGCUUUUUCAAACGAAGCUCUGGGCAGAGAGUGUACUGCAAGCAUUCCAACAAAUACACGGAGUAAUUUAUUAAUCUGUGAUGAAAAUUCUUUGAAAAGCACACACAUUUUUCCUACAGAAACCUCUAGGUUGCAUGAAAGUGUCAUUUAUAAUAAUGUACAUGCACCCAAUACUGGGGAAGAGUACCAGAAGCAAUGCAGUAACCAGAUCAAAGCAGAGCAAAAAUCACUGUUUUCAAACAGCAAAGCAAAUACUAUCAGCAAUGAACAUUAUAUAAACAUUGAUCCCAAUGCACCAUCUUCUGUAGGGAUGUACUACAGAAAUAGUAAGGAAAUAACACCAAGAAAACUAACAAACCAGGACAUUUCAUUACAUGAAGAUUCAAACUAUGCAAACAGUGAAGAUUUGGAGAGGAGCAGCUUCCCUCCCACACCUGGCAGCAAGAUAGCCAACGAAUCUCAUCCACUGCAGUCUGAAACUACAGAGGCUACAGUACAUUUUCCCAAACAGAAAGAAGUGAUCUACGAUAACGAGCCCCUAAGCACUUCAGCAGUUCUACCCAGAACACAAAACUGCAACAAAGAGCUUGGUGUAAAUGAUAAAAAGGGUAAAAUCAGUGACGCACGAGAUUUUAUUUUACCAAGUAGUAGCCAGAAAGAUAUAAAUCAUGAGAAUUUAAGUGCCUACCUAGCAAGCGACAAUUCUCUCACAGAGUAUUACAAACGAGGAGGUACUGCUGAACAAGAUGAUCUGGCAGACAUAUUUGGCGACAGUUCUUCAGAUGAAGGCGUUCCGUUUACCAUGAGCGACUGUAGCUCUUCAUCAGAUUUUGAGCUGGCACAACCUCCAAGCAACAAGCUCCCCGGCUGUCAGUCAUCUCUAGAGAAAGCUGAUGCAAAUAAGGAAGCAGACGGGUCCCCAACAACGCCCAGGUCUCCGAGGCUGGCUGCUGAACAUCAGCAUGUUGCAAAAGACGAGAACACGGAUGACGACGACGAUUCUGAAACCACUGCUAGUUAUGGAUCAGACACCACCACGUCUCAAACAGAAUCACCUUACACUGACAAACAUAGUGAUCACGGAACUGAGUCUGAUUCCAACACCAUCACUUUCUCUUACCAAAAAGUUCCUGAUAUGUUUAAGAGUUCUACCCAUCCAGAGUCAACGAUUCAAAACUCUAUUCCUCAUUCUACACACAAACAAAAUACAAGUUCUAAUGAUACGUUAGCUUCAUCAGAACCUUCUCCCACGUACGCCUCACACACAGAGGAUACUCCGGCCAAAGGGGCCGACCUGGCAUUGCCUCAGUUUUCCAUUCAAGCUCAGCACUUUCCCAGGUUCAAUCCCACUGCGCAGGAGGAGAACAUGGCAGAGAUCAGUGCAGACAGCACAGACAGGAGUUCCUCUGAAGAGGAUAACAGUGAAGAGGAUAUUGCAUUAAGAGGAGACAUGAGUACAUCUGAAAAGGAUCAUUUUACAUUUGCUCCCAAUGAUUUUGUUUGCAAUCAAGUUAUUAGAAAGAUGGUACUACUGUCUUCCGACAGAGCCAUCAGUGAAUCAGCUCUUCCAUCUCAGCCUCAAAGCACAAGUGAAGGAUGCAUUAUGGUUACUACUGAGAAAGAAGACUCCUUACCCCAGGAGAAGCAAGUGAAAACACCUAAUACACAGAACAUGGAAAAAGGCUUUAACAAAAGUGAACACGAUGAGUACUCAGAAACGCAGGAUAGCACCAGCUGUAACCUGCCUGAUGAAACGCAGUCCUGCAACGUUACGGCAGAUCCGCAUCAUCCCAGCUAUUCUGUCAAAACGCAGUCAGGCUUCAGCACAGAGAAAUAUUCCCAGCUGGAUCAGAGUGAGGAAAAUGCAUAUUCCUCACCACUCUCACAAAGGUCUUUCAAUGAAAAUAUACAAUACAGUUUAUGGUCACUCCCACAGACUAGAGAAAACACAGCCUCCAGGAAGACCGAUUCCAGUGAUUCAGAGGACGACGCUACUUUGACAGCACUGGAAAACUAUCCUACAACAGUUGUCAAUCUCCAGAAUUCUAGGGAAAAGCUCAAUCAAAAAAAUAAGACCAAUUUAAAUCACGGUCAGUUCUUUGUUAAGAAGAAAAGAGCCUUUGAUGGAUUUGCUAAUGUUUUGCAAAGCAGAACAAACUUCAGUGAGGUAUAA